AUGGCAACAUCGAAAAGGUUAUUCAAUUUGAGUUCUUUACUAAUGGCUACUCUUUUUGCAUACUCAGCAUCUGUUCAGUUAAAUGACCCUGAUUGGUAUGUUUGGUUUCCACUAUAUUCAUGUGCCUGCCUCAUUAAUCUCACGAACUGCAUCAUAUCAACCAAAUUGAAAAGGUUAAUCGCCAAAAUUGUGUUAUGGGUUGGGAUACUAUUGCACAUGAAAGUUGUGUUCGAAGAUUUUGUGCAUGAACUAGCAGGGUUUUGGUCACUGGAUCUAAGUGAGAGAGUUGUUAGGGAGAAAAUAGGUAGCUUGUUAGUUGUCAUAUCCUCAAUAUUGCAAAUGGAAGCGUCGAAGGUUCAAAAUGAUAUCUCAAGUAUUGUAAAAUAUGGUGAGAUUUUAGAAGUUGAAAUUCUUUUUGAUUGUUCUUGUUAUCGAUUUGUUAAGUGCUCUCUUUCGACGCAGGGAUGCUGA